AUGGAGUCUCUCUCAGUGUCAACCAACAGUUUCACUCUGGACCUUUACAAAAAGCUGAAUGAAACUUCCAAAGGCCAAAACAUUUUCUUCUCUCCUUGGAGUAUUGCAACUGCUCUCGCCAUGGUCUACCUGGGUGCAAAAGGUGACACCGCAGCCCAGAUGGCUGAGGAUCCUGAGGACAACCAAGCUGAAAACAUCCACUCUGGCUUCAGAGAGCUCCUGUCUGCCAUCAAUAAACCCAGGAGCACCUACUUGCUGAAGAGUGCCAACCGACUGUAUGGGGAAAAGACCUACCCCUUACUGCCCAAAUUCUUACAACUCACUAUGAGCUAUUACAAUGCAAAGCCACAAGCUGUAAACUUUAAGACAGCUGCAGAACAAGCCAGAACACUGAUCAAUUCAUGGGUUGAAAAUGAAACUGAGAGCAAAAUACAGAAUCUGCUGUCUGCAGGAUCUCUCAGUUCUCGCACUGUGCUGGUCUUAGUAAACGCCGUUUAUUUCAAAGGAAACUGGGAAAAGAAAUUUCUGGAGAAAAAUACUUCUGAGAUGCCCUUCAGACUGAGCAAGACCAAGACUAAACCAGUACAGAUGAUGUUUCUGAGAGAUACAUUUUUGAUACUCCAUGAAAAAACAAUGAAAUUCAAAAUCAUUGAGCUGCCAUAUGUGGAAAAUGAACUCAGCAUGUUCGUUCUCCUACCAGAUGACAUCAGUGACAACACUACUGGUCUGGAGCUGGUCGAAAGAGAGCUGACCUAUGAGAGACUGGCCGAAUGGACCGAAUCAACCAACAUGAUCAAAGCUGAAGUGGAUCUGUACCUGCCCAAGCUGAAGCUGGAAGAGAAUUACGACCUUAAAUCCACUUUGAGCAGCAUGGGGAUACGAAAUGCUUUUGAUCCUGUUCGGGCUGAUUUCACAGGGAUGUCAGCUAAGAAGGAUCUUUUCAUCUCAAAAGCUAUUCACAAAGCUUUUGUGGAGGUCAAUGAAGAAGGUACUGAGGCAGCGGCUGCCACAGGUGUGCUGGUGCUGAGAUCCAGAGCACCAACAAUGACUUUUAAAGCUGACCACCCAUUUCUCUUCUUCAUCAGACACAACAAAUCCCAGACCAUCCUCUUCUUUGGCAGACUCUGCUCACCCUAG